AGAGCCUGGUUGUAGUCUUCAUUAAGCCGAGAGGCCACAGCUGAAGCCAAUUCUGUAGAUGAAGCGAGCACAUAAAAAGACCAAGAAAACCCCGAGCUCUGGAAGCUGCAGCCAUGUUUGUUCUUAAUCUGGUGUUCUUGACUCUUCUGGCCUCAUCAGCUGCUCAACCAGGUACGACUGAAAGAAAGAAAGAAAGAAAGAAAGAAAGAAAGAAAGAAAGAAAAUGUUCAUUUAUUUAAUUUGCCUUUUUUUCUCUCUUGCUGCAUUUCUGUUCUAUAUUUCCAGAAUUAACUCAAUAUGCCCAGAACCAGUGGAUUAUCCAUGAUGAUAAUCUACAUUAUGAAGACACAGAUGUAGAGUCUUGGGCAGUUGAGGAUGUUUGGCCAAACAGCUCUACAGAACUACAUGAAGAGUGGACGACAAAGGACCAGAAGAAGCUGCUGACCAACCCACAAUCAUACGCUCUUGAAGAACAAGGCAAGCAUCUUAAAACUGUCCUCAUAAAACCAGCUCCAGAUUUAAUUUACUGUUAUUAUUUUUUAUUUCUUGUCAGAUUUCGAUGAAGUAGAAGACUCGGCUGUGUGGAAAAUCGUCGUGGUUGUCGGAGUCCUACUGGUGUCUGUGGUGGGAUCUGUGAGCAUGGCUUAUUAUUACUGUGUCUGGAGAGGAGGCAGGAUUCACUAUCAGCCUCAGAAACAAAUUUACGCUUGAAAUAAAGUGAAAUUUGAGUAAAAUC